AUGAACUCUUUGGUGAUUUUAGUCACUUUGACGAUCGUUUUGCUGAGCCACGAAUCGACUUCGUUGCAAGUUAGCAACCGAAAUGUUUCUGCCAUCGAGCAAAUCUUUCUGGAAUCUUUCAAGGAAAGACUUCUUAAAGAGCUGGGGUUUUCUACUGUUCCGAAUGUCAGCAAUACUACACUCCGAAAGGCUCCACACAUUCUCAGGUACAUGGUCGAGGCCGACAACAGAAAAUCCACCUUGAAGAAACAAGAGGACUACGCAAAAAUUAAACGAAUUUUCUUAUUUCCCGUUCAAGGUGGGCUUAGUUAUUAGUUAGUUAAGGGCUAGGUUACGUUUGCAGUAAAUAGCCACUGUACAUUUUCUUCGAUAAAAAAGAAAAAAAUAUCGUGCAAUAAUUGGAAAAUCAUCAAGCAAAAACCAAGGUUCAAUUCUAAGCGAGCCACGAAUUUAUUACUGGGUAUUAAUAAGUCUUCUUUUGUGGUGGUUCUUGAUUUGAAACAAUAUUGUGAUUUCGGUUGUGCGCGUGAGACUGAGCAAACCGCAGCACCGAAAAAAAGUUUAACUCACGUAGCUUAAAAAUGGGGGCCAGGAGCGGCGACCGCAUAGGUUAGGAACUUUUUUUAGAAACCCAAGACAAUAGCGAAACACGGACAGGACACGCAGGAGCUUUUGCACUUAAUGGUCUAUCUUGCUAAAAAAAAAUAGGGGUGUGCAGCAGAGUUCUUUCCUUUUGUACAAAAGGUUUAAUCUGAUACUUAAAGAAAUAUUUUUUUUUCCUGCCAGAAGUUUAGCUGAGUUUUCCAUUGUUCUUUUCAUAGUGGAACAAACACUGACAUGACCUCCGUCAAUGGUUAAGUGUCUAAAAAGCUGGAUUCGGCAACAACUGAUAAAUAAGCAAAGAAUUAUCAAGGAGGACUUUGGCUCCUGGGAUUAUAUUUUGCCCUGUAGUGCAAAACAAUAAGGGUUAAAACAAUUUUUUUUGUUGAUCAAAAAAAUUUCAUGACACUGAUUAUCGAGUAGAAGUAAAUAAUUAGACUGUGCAAAAAGAAGCAAAAUUAAUUACAAAAUGACAAUUUUUAAAUGCAUUUCGUUUCCUCUUUCGGUCGCCCAUCUUCCCUUGUAUAUAUCGCAUCUGCCCAUACCGGGCUUCGAAUCCAGGGUAGCUGGUGGCAUAAUUUUCUCAAAGUAUAUAACGUAUACGAGAUCACAUUUAUCUUACAUGAAAACAUGAAUGCCGUCAUAAUUGGUGUUUUUCAAUAUUUAUAACCACUUUAAAUUCUUUGUGUUUCAAUCAAAAUUAAAAAGGUGGUGGCAAACAGCUGUUUCAUCACGCACCAUAUAUUUAUUGUCUGCUAUGCUUUUAUGCAUUUGAAUGAAAUUUUAUUAUCAAGGUAGGAAACGAGACAUUCUUACACAGACGGUUACUACAGUUGUUGACAAAAUAAUUUUCUCAUUUUCCUCCAAGGACAUAAAGUUGGGAAAAACUACUUAUUCAAGGUGAAUUCUGGCCACAUGGGCCUUGAAGUCAAAUCUGCAACCUUGUGGGUUUCUAUCACUGGGGCAGCUGGAGAAUACGAAUUGGUCCUUUACAGAGGCUACAAAGCAAACGGAAAAGGUGCCCUCGCAAAAGAACUUUUCCACUCAGAACAGCUCAACAGGACUGGUUGGUACUCGAUGAACGUUACUUUUUUGGUGAAAGAGUGGUUCUCACUGUAUCCAGCGUUUAACUUAAGCUUGGAAAUAGUGGCGAAGAAAUCGAAAGCUGUUGUUGGUGGUAUAAGUGGCUCCGCCCCGGAGGCAAAACAACCAUUUCUGGUGGUGAACACUGGAGAGAAGAAAUAUGCCAGCAGAAGGCAAAGAUCAUCAUCAUCAGGUGAUUACCUCACAGAGUGCAAAGACAACGAGCCAAGAAAUUGUUGUCGCGGGCAUAAGAUGACUGUCGACUUUCAAGACCUUGGCUUGGAUUUCAUCAUCCAGCCCAGAGUGCUGAACACCUAUGUGUGCGAAGGAGUGUGUGCUCAAUCGGCCACCGCCAAGAAUCCGACGCGGGCUCAAGUUUUCAUAAACUUAAAUAUGUUUCAGCCUCACGCCUGUUGUCGUCCGACUGAAUUUACUACCAAAAAAAUUGUUUUCUUUAAGGAUGAUGACCCUAACAAAGCUUACGUAAGAUAUCUCCAGGGCUGGGUGGCAAAGUGCGGCUGCGUAAUAUAA